UGCACCCCUCCAGCUGAAUGGGUUCUCUUCACAGGAGUCUUUAGCUGUAGAUGAAGGAAAAGGCUCACUUUACUCAGAAGAACAACUCGUCUUGUAUUCUUUUUUUUCCCCAACUUGUUUGAGAUUUGAUUGUUUUUGGAUAAGUAAGAAUAAAACUUACUAAACCAUCAUGGGGUGAAUCUGACAUGUGAUGAUGAGGACGUUAUUCUGGUGAUGAAGGAGCGUCGUCAGAAAACUCAGUACAGAUUUCACCAUGGUGAAGGAGUCCUUGCCCAGCUGGAUCCAUCAGGACUCUGAAGAGGGUCUUGUCCAUGUGAAUGUCGGUGGUCUGAAGAGGAGCCUCUGCUCCAGCACACUGAAGAAAUUCCCAGACACCAGGUUGGGAAAAUUACUGGCGUGUGAUUCAGAGGAAGACAUACUGCAGGUGUGUGAUGACUAUGACGUACAGGAGAAAGAGUUUUACUUUGACAGAAAUCCAGGUCUGUUCCCUUAUGUCCUCCACUUUUAUCAGACUGGCAAACUUCAUGUGAUGGAGGAACUCUGUGUGUUCUCCUUCAGUCAAGAGAUAGAGUAUUGGGGCAUCAAUGAGUUCUUCCUGGACACCUGCUGUAGUUAUCGUUACCAUGACCGCAAGCUGGAGAGAGGUCGACACCGCAGUUGGGAUGAUGAGAGUGACGUCAGCAGUGUCGACACGUCUGUGGACGAGAUUUCUGAUUUAAACAAAGACAUGCAGCAUUUCCAGGAGGUUCGCUACGGGAACAUCAAGAAAUGUUUGUGGCUUACACUGGAGAACCCGGGAUACUCCAUCCCGAGCAAGCUCUUCAGUCUGCUCUCCAUCGGAGUGGUGCUCACAUCUAUUGCCACUAUGUGCAUUAACAGCAUCCCAGAGUAUCAGACUUUUGACUCAGAUGGAAAGGUGAUCGAAGAUAAAACUACCCAGGCUCUUGAGGUGUUCUGUACCUGCUGGUUCACCUUUGAGGUUGUGACGCGGCUGCUGCUCGCUCCAAACAGGAAGAAGUUCUUCCAUCACCCACUCAACAUUAUCGACCUGGUGUCAGUGGUUCCCAUCUACAUCACCCUGAUCUUUGACUUGACCGUGGGAUCUGAGUCUGAACUGGGAGACCUGGGGCGACUAAUACAGGUGUUCAGGUUAAUGAGGAUCUUUAGAGUAUUGAAGUUGGCCCGACACUCCACAGGUCUGCGCUCUCUGGGAGCAACACUUCGGCACAGUUACCGUGAAGUGGGAAUACUGCUACUAUACCUGGGUGUCGGCGUGUCCGUCUUUUCUGGGAUUGCUUACACCGCUGAAUGUGAAGAGGAUGUAGGCUUGGACACAAUCCCGGCCUGUUGGUGGUGGGGAACUGUCAGCAUGACCACGGUGGGUUACGGAGACGUAGUGCCUGUCACAGUCGCCGGAAAGCUAGCAGCCAGUGGAUGCAUCCUGGGUGGCACUCUGGUGGUGGCUCUGCCCAUCACUAUCAUCUUCAACAAGUUCUCCCAUUUUUACCGCCGGCAGAAAGCUUUGGAGGCGUCGGUGAGGAACAACAACAACCGCAAGAAGAUCAAAGUGAGCUGCGAGAAUGAGCUGGAAGAGGAUGAGGAAUCGGAUGGGGACAAUCGCUACCUGGACGAUGAUGAUAUUGAUGACAUUGAGGAAGAUGACAUUGAUUUUGAGGAUGAAGGAGGGGUGAUAAACUACAGCUAUGUGGAGCAUCUGUCUUACCCAUCGACAAUGAGAAAGCAGGAGCUGUAUCAGCUGUAAGGUCUGAAACUUUAUGCCAAAUAAUGUCAACUUAAACGUAAUGGACUUGAUACACCAUGGGAACAUUAACUGACCCUGCUUUGCUUAGAUUGAGGUUUCAGGAUCAAUAAGGUGAUGGAGACAGGUUGUAAGAGGGGAUCACACAAGCUUUUUGGGUCUUCCAUGACUUAUUGUACUUUUCUGCCACUGAAUGUGCAUGUGGGCUGUUUCAGGACUGAACUUUUGUUCAUUGGAUUUGUAGCUCUGCUUGUGGAAAAUUGAAAAAAAAGAAAAACAACAAAACAAAAAAAAAAAAACAAAGGACAAUGGCACACAAUA